AUGGAGUAUCUACACCAUGAGCACCAUGAGGUGGUCUUGCACUGUGACUUGAAGCCAAGCAAUGUGUUGUUUGAUGAGGACAUGACGGCACAUGUCUCGGACUUUGGCAUCGCAAAGCUGUUACUUGGUGAUGGUAGCUCUGUGAUUUAUGCGAGCAUGCAGGGCACAGUUGGCUACAUGGCACCAGAGUAUGGGUCCCUUGGAAAAGCUUCGAGAAAGAGCGACAUAUUCAGAUACGGAAUCAUGUUCCUUGAAGUCUUGACUGGAAAGAGACCCACGGAUGACCUUUUUGUCGGGGAUCGUAGUCUCACGCGGUGGGUGCUCGAGGCAUUUCCUAGGGAGGUUGUCCAUGUCGUGGAUGACCAGCUAAUACACGACUCUUCUUCCACCGUCAGCUUGGAAGGCUUUCUUGUGCCGACGUUCGAGCUGGGUCUGCUCUGCUCCAGCGACUCGCUUGACGAGAGAAUAACCAUGAGCGAUGUGGUCGUGAGAUUGAAGAAGAUCAAAAUAGAGUACACCAAAGCCAUAGGAGCAGCAGCGGAACGGAGUGCCGCCCCAUGA